CUGUACUGCGCAAGCGCUGAUUGAGGGGGCUGUAGAGUUGAGUGUGGGACGCUAUGGGCGCACGCGCAAAAGGAAAGUGGUAGAAUACGCAUGUGCUGAGAAGUGGGCAACAGGCGGGUGCCCAGCUGUAUUGCGCAUGCGCCAGAAUCCGAGUCAACGGUUGCCGGUUGGGAGCCAGAAGAGCUUGCACAGCGCACUUCCCGCUCGCGCUCCUUCGGCAGCGGCCGAGCCAGCGCGGCGGGGCUGUUCAGGGAGCCGCUCCCCGAUGGACGGAGACUUCCUGCUGGCGCUGCGGUUACAGGCGCAGUGGGAGGAAGAGGAGAAAGCGGCGGCGGCCUGUAGCGAGUCCCCGCCCGGCUCCGCAGCGCCGCCGCUCUCCGUGGUGGACGAGGCCUGGGAGCUGCUGGACCCGAGCCCCGACGUACGCGGCCUCUUCGUGCAGUUCAACGAGACGCUGUUCUGGGGGAAGCUGGCGGCUGUGGCGGUGACGUGGAGCCCGCGCAUGACGCUAUGUGCUGGAGUGUGCAGCUAUGAAGGAAGAGGUGGGAUGUGUUCCAUCCGCCUCAGUGAGCCACUCUUAAAGCUAAGACCAAGAAAGGAUCUUGUAGAGACACUCUUACAUGAAAUGAUUCAUGCCCUAUUAUUUGUCACUAACAAUGACAAAGACCGUGAAUCCCAUGGGCCAGAGUUUUGCAAACACAUGUGUCGUAUCAAUCGCUUGACUGGAGCCAAUGUUACAAUUUAUCACGACUUUCAUGAUGAGGUGGAUUCAUAUCGCCAACAUUGGUGGCGAUGUAAUGGCCCAUGUCAGAGUAGAAAACCUUAUUAUGGAUAUGUGAAACGUGCAAUGAAUAGGGCACCCUCUGCACGAGACUUCUGGUGGUCUGACCAUCAACAGACCUGUGGAGGCACAUUCUCAAAAGUAAAGGAGCCAGAGAACUAUUCUAAAAAAGGCAAGGAGAAAACCCAGCUAGCCAAGCUUUCAAAUGCUGAGCCAUCUGAUACCAAAGGAAGGAUACAUGGAGGUGAUAUACGAAGCCUAAUUCCUUUUAGUGGAAAAGGAUAUCAGCUUGGAGGAGCAGGCCUUUGGUCCUCCGAGAGACACAAAAGUUCCAACAACAGUAUUAAGGGCAGAGAAAUACCCAGUCCACAACGUUAUUCAGCAGCUGGAACUGCAAGAUCAGUUCCUAAAAAUGAACUAAAAUUUGAACCAAACAUAUUCAGUACCAGCAUUUCCCAUCCAGUUUUUACUGAUAGCUCCAAGCAUAAAAACAGCUUUGCUUUGAACCACAAGUUUCCUAAAAUAUCUGUUGCUAAUACAAAAGCUUACAGGAAUGUUGAUGGGUCGCCUGUUAAAAUUCCUCCUGUUAAUGGAGGAAAUUUGAACCAAAGUCCUACAAACGCUAAGUCGGUUUUUCCAUCUUUUAAUGAGACACCAAAACAAACUUCCUUUGGACAAGCUGAGACAACUCUAAGAUCCUGGGUUUCAUCCCAGGGAAAUAGCAGCUUUGAAAGUGAUGGUAUACCACAGAAACGGCCAAAAAUGGAAGACAAAUCUGCCUUUGUAAACUACUUUAUAAAGAGAGAGAGUACUGAUAGCACUUUUAGAACUAGCACUCCUCUAAAAAGCAAUGCUGAACCAACAGUGUUCUCUGAAAGUUGUAGUUCUGCUGUUAGUCCGGAUAAAAAAGUUAGUUGUCCUGUUUGCCAGACCGAGGUUUUAGAAACCAAAAUAAAUGAACAUCUAGACUCUUGUCUUGCAUAACCUUUGAAAUGCAAUCGCACAAUUAAGUGCUAAGAAUUGUUUGAAAUCUUCAAAUUACAGUGCUCAGGGUUUAUCCAAUUAUGAUUGUUGUCAUGUGCCUGUACACUGGCCUGUAUUGUCCAAGCUGGAAACUUUCCUAUAUGUGUAAAGUGGAGUCUGAAUUUCAGCAUGAAGGGAGGGCAAUUCUGAUUUUUUGGAGUUACAUGUUAGGAUCUGAUUUAUAUACUCUCACGGUGCUUGUGUCCCAAAGAGCCUAAGGCUAUAUGUACACUACCAAGCCUACAUCAGCAAAUAUAUAUGCCAGCACAGGUGACAGAAGGAGGAAUUCUGUUGGUGUGGGAAAAGCGCCUCCCUGAACGAUUUUAGCUGUGCCAACAGAAACCCUAUUCUGUCCAUAUAGCUGUGGUCUAUGUCGGUGGUGUAGUUGGAAUAAGUGUGUCGCUAUGAGAGACGGUUUUUCUACACCCCGACCAACAUAGCUAUGUCGGUAUAAAGUCAGAAGUGUAGACCAGGCCAGAUACACUCCUGAUUUUAGUAAAUGCAAUUGUGGUUGGGUUGCAUUUUUACUGCAGAACCUAAGUAUGUCUCCUCCCAUGGUAAUACUUACUAGAUUCUGAAAUCUUAGAUGAGUUCUAAAAGCAGCUUAACAUUUUUAACCAUGUUUUGUCUUUUUGUACUUCUCCUUGGUCCCCAAAAUGUUCUUUAACUUACCGCUGGCCACCUUUAAAUUUAACUUCUAAACUGUCCCCUUCCACAUACACUGAUACCAACUUAUCAGUUUACCACAAUGAAAAUGUGUUAAAUGGUGGGCAUUUUUUAUAUUAUUAUAACACCAAAUAUUGUGUUUUGGCCACAGCUACCAACUCUCCAGAGAUCAGUUUCACCCAAAACUUUUUAAAGGGCAGGUAGGAAUGAGGAUGGAAUUAGAUUCAAAUUAUCGCUAUGUCCACAUUGCCAGCGAGGAGUGUGAUUUCCCCUGCUCAUGUACACAUACUUGCUCUAGCUCUCUUCAAUACAUACCCACUAGUUUCAGGUGGGUAGGUACUCAGCUCAGCCAUAUCUCUGCUGCUGCUACCUGUGUUACUGCAGCUCCAUUGCUAUUUAUAUUUGCACUAGUUGGAUGAGAGUGUAAGUACGUAUACACAACCAGGGGAAUCACACCUCUCGCUGGCAGUGUAGACAUAGUUUAAGUCUUCAUCAAAAAUGGGGAGCAGCUUAGAAGUUUAAAAAAAAAUACAAGAAGUCUAUUUUAGUAUAAUCUUGAGUAAGUGAAAGCAUGGGUAGAAAAUUAGUGAUAUGGGAGGGAUUCUAGAUACUUAAUACUGCUUGGUGCAUUUGAUGAAGCAUUAGGCUGUAGACUUAAGGACCUAUUAGAGAUACAUAUUGGGUUUUGAAGCAUUGGUUGUUAAGAGGGACAGGAAUGGGAGCUGAAGAAUUUAAACAUCCUUAUAGUGUUACGGCAUAAGAUUAUUAAUUUUUGUUUGGCCACUUUGGCUUGUUUUUAAUGUGCAUUGUUGGCAUGCAGGCAGUAACAGCUAAUUCAUGGUCCAACAAUUUCCACUUUUUUCCUUCUCUCCCUCGCACUGGCCUUGCUGCUUAUAUUGACACUUCAGUGGCUUUCACUCUUUAACUCCAGAAACGCAUACUACGCAUUCUUGUAUAUUUGAACCCUAAAGGCUAAAACCACCACGAGUAAAAAUAGGGGUGAGUAAAAGUAGCAAAACUAGAAGACAUUGUCAUAUCACUAGUCCUGCCACAGAAUUCUAACUGAAGACCUGAAUUUAAAUGAAGAUUUCCAAUUGAAUUCACAUUCCAGAAAGGCAUCAAAUUGCAAUCAGUGGCAGAGCUUUGCUUCGCUUCCUUACCAGCCUAAUUAAUAGUUCAGUCAGUAUAUGCUAAUAGCAUUGUAUUACAUGUUAUGAAUACCAAGUAAGAUGUAUAAAGCCUACUGAAAUGUCUACAGUUCUGUUGGUGCACUAAAGGUAUUUAACUGACUGGUUUGUAGGUGACUAGAGCAAUACUUUCACAGUUUAAACUAGCUUUCCAGACAAACAUAUUAUACACUAGGUUGAUUUUUGUACUGCUGGUAGGUAUAUAGGGUGACUAUGAUGCAGACAAAAGUGUAAAUACAGGUUGUCUUGUUAUAAAUGUAACGUGGUUUACAGUUAACUUCCUCUGAAAUGAGGAAUAAACAGAUCAGACAGUUAUGGAAUUUGACCAGUGCUAACUAAUAUCAGGUUUCAAAGUAUAGGGAAAAAAAUCCCUAAGAAUGCAUAGAACGUACAUGUUUUUUUGUAGAAACUGCAUUUUAAAAUACUGACAUUACAAAAAUGUUUUAAUAACCUUAACAAAAAUGUCUUGCAUAUUCUGAAUAAAUCAUGAUGUUGAACCUUGGGUGGUUAAGUCUGGUUUUCACAUGGCUGUCAAUGACCAUCUUUUUUUGCUCUUUAGACACAAUUGUACAAUAGUCACUUUUAACAGUUUACUCCAACAUCUGCACAACCUUCCCUUCUUAACUACCCCACAAACCCAAACCUUGCUAUGGAAUGAUAUUUACUCCUGGGGGGAUUCUGUGCCACUGCACAUGUACGCAGAGUUCAUGUCCCCUGCAGCUUUCUUUGCUUCCCUGCAGAAAAAUGAUUUCUGAAGGCAAAGCAAAGGGAAGCCAUAAGAGCGCUCAUGCACCCCUCCAUGGGUGUGUCAAUUUGGGCAUCCGGAGUAGCCGAGGGAGAUGUAAAUCACUGCCAGAGAAGUGGUGGUAGAGGAGGGGGAGUGGGAAUAUGCGAGCGAGCGACUCUGUCACUCGCUAUUACAAUGGUCCUGGUGUGGAGGGGCCAGGCUUCAGGGUGUUUCUGAGGAGGUAGGUGUAGGCUGGCCCUGGCCCCCUCAGGCAGAGCAGAAUGUUAACACUGCCUACUUAGUGAAUUGUUCCCAUUGUUAGUGAAUUCCCCCAGGAGUAUAAAACAGGUGUAAAAGUUUUAAGGCUCCCUUACAGUGCCAGAGUGGUUCAAAUGGCCAAUUUGAAACUGACAAGAAAGCCGGGCAGCUACAGCCCAGCUUCCCCCGCUCUCUUGGAGAGCUGGGUGUCUGGACCCCAUUCCUGAGGGGGAAAGGGGAGCCGAGAAGCCCUAGGCGGCCCACCAGGAGCCUGUGAGGUAUCCAAGCUCCUGGCAGGAAGCUGCCAGCAGAGCUCUCAACACUGCCCCUCUUAGGUUGGUGAAAGCACUCCUGGUGAGGAUGUGCACCGCUGACCUAAGGAAGGUAUUGUGGACAUGAGCACCACAGUAAUUACUGUGGUGGCUCUAAGUUGACCUAAUGUAGGUCCACUUCUCUUUGUAGUGUAGACAUAAUCUUAGUGAUUAGAACUGGUCUAAAUUUUUUGACUGAAAAAUCUUCCUAUUAAAUGUUCUCCAUGAACUGUUUACUACUGAUUUUUCUGGAGAUGGUCAGUAGGCAAUAUAAAUUGUGAGUUUGAUUCCACAGCUCUCACUUGGUCUUCAGUUGUCUAUGAUUUAAUAUUGAGCAUAUGGCUGCACAUAUUUGUUGACUAAUAACUAGAAAUAGUGUCAAACCUAGAUACAUUACUAUUAGACAAAGGGAUUUUGUCUCCAAUGCGCCCCACUCCCAUUCUCCAGCCAUCUCAGCAGUUCACCUGAAUCCCUGCCUGAGUCAUUUCUUCUUCCAAAAGGAUGCCAGUCAUCUGCUGCAGGCACCAUGAACUCUUGAACAUGGCCCAGAAUCCUCUGAUGCUGCAAAGUAGAUUAUAGGCAGCCCUUAAUCCUAGCUGCUUUUCUGUCAUUUUCUCAUUGCACUGGCUUCCCAUUUGUUUUUGGGUGCAAUUCCAAGUUUUAUUUCUGAUCUACAGUGCAAAGCAUUACAUGGUUUAGGACUUGGUCUCUUUUUCCCUGUGCACCAUCAGAGAACAGCAAAGAUCAUGUGGAGGCACUUUUGUUAAUAGCUUAACUUUAUUGGCCCCUGAGUGGUACAGCCAUCUUCUUGGUCAAGCACAUGCUUGAUUUAAACUCAUCAAUACAUUAUUUAUGAUUGGUAGGGAGUACAGGGAAGGGGGCUGUUAUUCCAAAAUAUAUCAGCUGGCGGGUCCACAGUGGGUCAUCUUCAGUUAGGGAAGUGCAUGAGUGUAGGGUGCUCUGACUGGGCUCCUUCCCCCACCCCUCCCUGUUUCAUGUGUAGGGAUUGGCAUUGGACAGGAGUCAGGACUCUUUCAUACCAAGGGAAUUCUCAGCCAGGAAGGAGCUGUGUGUUUUCUGGCUCUUUUUCCUGUGCCAGAGUGGCACAAUGGGGCUAGAUUACAGCUCAGGAUCUAGUUUACAUAUUGUGCUUUUUUUUCUGUAUUGUCGUUUAAAUAAAUUACCAGAAUAAUUGAAAUUGGUGUGAUUGUAUUGUUAUUUUGACAAAUAAAAUAUGCAGAAUUUUAAAAUA